UGGUGUUGAUGAUUCUUUGUUAUAAAAUGUAAUAAAUAUUAUAACAUGGGGUUCUAAAAAGAAUAUGAGUUUAAUAGAAUGAAUCUUUUUCAGAGUAUCACUGACAGCCUAAAUGCUGGGGGUUCAGUGAAAAGGACCAAAGAAGAAAUCGAAAAGAAGUGGAAGAAUAUGAAAAGCAGCGGAAAGAAGAGUUACUCAACCUUCCACAGGGCGACAACAACUACUGGCGGCGGUCCUCCACCAACACCACUCAGUCCUGUUACUGACAAUGUCAUUGACGUCAUUGGGAGAGAAAAUGAAAUCCUAACAGGGAUUAAUCAGACCAUGGACUCCACAAUGCUGCAAAUCUUGAAUAUGCAACCAGCUCAACAAGGGUAUGUGACAUAGGAAAUUAAAUGUGUCAAUACAGAAAUGUAAAAGUAAUAUAUUCUGAUUAAGAAAAGCCAAAAUUAAAUGAAUCAAUUAGGAUUAAGGAUAUCAAAAAGUAUACACAAAUGUAUAAUGUAAUGAAGUAACAGUUAACAUUGUAACAAAUAUCAAUAUUCAUUAUUAUAAUUUCAAUAUU